AUGUUGACCAAGACAAAGGAACGGUUGGGUCAGAGGCUAGACUUCUUGGAGACAACUCUGUCUGGCCAUGACGAGCAGCUGACCAAUAUAAAUGGUACGUUGGAAGAAAAGUUACCUUACAUCACUGAACAGUUUGAGGAACUGCACCAAGAGAUGGGUCUUCUGAAUGAGAAAGUCAACGUCAAGAAUGUCUCCGCCUUUGACCAGAGGAGUGUUCAAGAGAGACGAGUCUCCUCGACACCAGACCAGACAACGAGCAGCAUCAACAAUAUCAUAGCCCGCCUCAGCUCCGUUCAGCACGACCUGGACAACCUCACUAUGGUCACCACCAACCUAACAGAGGAACAGGACCAGCGACAGAUGAUGAUAGAUACAUUGUCAGAACAGAUAGAGGUACUGAAGGUUGCUAAAGCUGACAAAACCAAUGUAGAAGAUAUUCUGGCUUCAAAGGCGGACAUGAGUCAAGUCCAUCGCAAAGUGUCUCAUGACCACUUUGAGAUCAAGAUAGAAGGACUGAGCGCUAAAAUGGACGAUGCUUUUAAUAGAUUGGACGUUCAUGAGGAUAUGUGGCAAGAAGAAGUAGAAUUACUGAAGGCCGAUAUUGAAAACAAGAUGGACAAGACAGAGUUCUCACCAUUGAAGGACUAUGUGAAUGAGAAACUGAAACAGAUUCAAGACAAAAUGAAAAUUUUGGCUGCCCAAAGAAGAGAAGGGGAAGCAGCUGGAUCAAAAAGGAAAAUCAUCAGGGACGUUCAGUGUAUUUCUUGUGACAAUAAAUCGGUGAUGAAAGUAGAGAACACCCUUGAGGACGUGACACCACCUCCACCCCUACCGCCAUCACAGAGUGUUAAGCCUUUCCUUACUUACAAGCUGGACCAAGUGCGGAAACAGCAGCAGAAAUUGCCUGGAAAGAAUCUGCACCACUUUGAAGAAAUGCUGCAUGAUACUGGAAAUCAACUAACCAAAACGUCCAGCAAUAAAAGUGGUGGUGGAGAAGGACACGUGGUAAACCGGUACGUGGGUGGCAGUCACACCACGACUACUCCUCAGCAGCGGGUCACUCGCACUGGUAACUUCUACCAGACCUGGGGCCCAAUCAUCACAGCUGUUAGUCCUCCCCCUCCCCAACAGCCUGCUGCUUGACACCACAGUCUAUCGCCAGUAAUCCUUGUAAAUUACAUUUUUGUCAAAAAAUUUAUGGUUAUUGUCAUAUUGUUUAGUCCUUUACUAUCCUAAAACAUUUAUUAAAGAAUUAAAUUUGUUGUACUUAAA